AUGUCGCAAAUCAUCUCCCAGACGCUCUCCGCAGAGAUCCGCGACCUACUCGCCAAAUACGACACGCAGAAAGAACAAAGUACCGAACUCAAACACCGACUGACCCAGAUGAAGGCGUCAGACUCUAUUGUGUCCAAAUUGGUGGAGGCCUCUCGCACCGCCGCAGACGAGAAGACGGUCAUGGCCAAUGAAAUGGCCGUAUUCAAGCCGAUACAGAACGAUAUAGCCAAGUAUCUGCAGUCGCAAGAUGAGUUGCUGGAUAAAAUUAA